GAUGACCUCAGUCCCGCCCUUCCGCGGAGUGGAGAGUUGGCGCCCGCUGUCCCCCCUCAGAGGGGCGCUGGCGCGCGGGGUGGGGCGACCUGCGGUCUGUGGGAGUGCCGCCUUCGCCUCCGCAGGGAGGAGUGAGCUGCCCGGCUGGCGAUGAGCGGCUCGGGGGACGAGGGCCCGGAGGCCGGGGCCAGCCGGGCGGGGGGCCGCACUGAGCCCGAGGCCCCGGGCAGCGCGCUGAGCGUGGACUUGUCGGGGCUGCUGGGGCAGCUCGCGCGCAGCUUUGCGCUGCUGCUGCCGGUGUACGCCCUCGGCUACCUCGGGCUGAGCUUCAGCUGGGUGCUGCUGGCCCUCGGGCUUCUCGCCUGGUGCCGCCGGAGCCGCGGCCUCAAGGCCAGCCGCCUGUGCCGGGCGCUGGAGCUGUUGGAGGACGAGGAGCGAGCCGUGCGCCUGGGGGUGCGCGCCUGCGAUCUGCCCGCCUGGGUUCAUUUUCCAGACACUGAAAGAGCAGAGUGGCUAAAUAAGACGGUAAAGCACAUGUGGCCCUUUAUUUGUCAAUUUAUAGAGAAGCUCUUUCGAGAAACCAUAGAACCAGCUGUGCGGGGAGCAAAUGCACACCUCAGUACCUUCAGCUUCACAAAAGUGGACGUGGGUCAGCAGCCCCUUAGAGUCAAUGGUGUUAAGGUUUAUACUGAAAAUGUAGACAAAAGACAAAUUAUUCUGGACCUUCAGAUUAGUUUUGUAGGGAAUUGUGAGAUUGAUUUGGAGAUUAAACGAUACUUCUGUAGAGCUGGUGUGAAAAGUAUUCAGAUUCAUGGGACCAUGCGGGUGAUCCUGGAGCCCCUGAUUGGAGACAUGCCUCUAGUUGGAGCUUUGUCCAUCUUCUUCCUUAGGAAACCACUUUUAGAGAUUAACUGGACAGGAUUGACUAAUCUCCUGGACAUCCCUGGACUGAAUGGUUUAUCUGAUACUAUCAUUCUGGAUAUAAUAUCAAACUAUCUGGUGCUUCCCAAUCGAAUCACUGUUCCUCUUGUCAGUGAAGUUCAAAUAGCGCAGUUGCGGUUUCCCAUACCAAAGGGUGUCCUACGAAUUCAUUUUAUUGAAGCUCAGGAUCUUCAGGGGAAAGACACCUACCUUAAAGGCCUCGUCAAAGGAAAAUCAGACCCCUACGGAAUUAUCCGAGUGGGCAACCAAAUCUUCCAGAGUAAGAUUAUCAAAGAGAACCUUAAUCCAAAGUGGAAUGAGGUAUAUGAGGCUUUAGUCUAUGAACACCCUGGACAAGAAUUGGAGAUUGAACUCUUUGAUGAAGAUCCAGAUAAGGAUGACUUCUUAGGAAGUCUUAUGAUUGAUCUUAUUGAAGUUGAGAAGGAGCGCCUUUUAGAUGAAUGGUUCACUCUGGACGAGGUUCCCAAAGGAAAGCUGCAUUUGAAGUUAGAGUGGCUCACACUGAAGUCAGAUGCGGCAAACCUGGAUAAGGUGCUGGCAGACAUCAGAGCUGAUAAGGAUCAAGCCAAUGAUGGUCUUUCAUCUGCACUACUGAUCUUGUAUUUGGAUUCUGCAAGGAACCUUCCGAGUAUCUACGAGGGAAACUUUGGGUGUGGCUACUUAAAAGAGAGGCGAGCGUCGGGACUAGUGUUUUGUGAGAAUACUACCUCAGUCUAUAGAACACUAUUUAAGUCUACAGUUCAGAGAGCUUUAAAGUCAGGGAAGAAAAUAAACAGCAACCCAAAUCCUCUUGUCCAGAUGUCGGUCGGUCACAAGGCUCAAGAGAGUAAGAUUCGAUACAAAACGAGUGAGCCAGUGUGGGAGGAAAACUUCACUUUCUUCAUUCACAACCCCAAGCGCCAGGACCUUGAAGUUGAGGUCAAAGAUGAGCAGCAUCAGUGUUCUCUGGGGAGCCUGAGGAUCCCUCUCAGUCAGCUGCUUAUGAGUGACAACAUGACCAUAAACCAGCGGUUCCAGCUCAGCAACUCGGGUCCAAACAGCACCUUAAAAAUGAAGAUUGCCCUCCGGGUCCUCCAUCUUGAGAAGCAAGAAAGACCUCCAGACUACCAGCAUUCGGCUCAAGUGAAACGGCCCUCUGUCUCCAAAGAAGGGAGAAAAAUGCCUGUGAAAUCUCAGAAGUCUGUGUCUCCAAGCACUGGUGAUAGCAACACUGCUCCAUCAACACCAGUCCUGGGAGUCGAUGAUAAGCCUGUCAGGGAGGAGAAGCCUCAGCCCCAUGAGGCCAGCCCUCUAGGGCAGCGUGACCUAGGCAGGAGCUCCUCUAGCCUCUUGGCCUCUCCAAGCCACAUCUCAGCCAAGGAGCCCACCCCAAGCAUUGCCUCAGACAUAUCAUUGCCCAUUGCCACCCAGGAACUGAGGCAAAGGCUACGUCAACUUGAAAACGGGACAACACUGGGACAGUCUCCCCUGGGGCAGAUCCAGUUGACCAUCCGGCACAGCUCCCAGAGGAAUAAGCUCAUUGUGGUUGUGCACUCCUGCAGAAACCUCAUUGCCUUCUCAGAAGAUGGCUCUGAUCCAUAUGUCCGUAUGUAUUUAUUGCCAGACAAGAGGAGAUCAGGAAGAAGAAAAACACAUGUGUCAAAGAAGACACUAAACCCUGUGUUCGAUCAGAGCUUCGAUUUCAGUGUUUCACUGCCUGAGGUACAAAGGAGAACACUGGACGUAGCAGUGAAGAACAGUGGUGGCUUCCUGUCCAAAGAUAAAGGGCUUCUUGGCAAAGUGCUGGUUGCUAUGGCAUCUGAAGAACUCGCCAAGGGCUGGACCCAGUGGUAUGACCUCACAGAAGAUGGAACAAGGCCUCAGGUGAUAACGUAGCCAUGCUGGACAUAAGGCCUAUUUCUCAACGUGACGCACCACCUCAACAUGGAACUCAACUUCUUGCAGAUGUACCAAUGCUAUUUUUAUAAGUAUUGAGUUAUACAUACCUUAAUAAUUUUAUAAAACUGUUGGCGUUGUAAGAAAAAUUUGGCCAAUAUUAUUGAUAAAUUUCCCAUUGAGUUCCCUCCAGUAUUUCACCAAGCACUGCAGAGUGCAGUGGUAUACAGCAAUGUGUUCCUGUGCUGUGUGGGGCUCUGUCGGCCACAGCUGCUGGAAAGCAGGCACCUGUAUUCCUGAGUUCUGCCUUGUCUUGCAUCCCAGAGGUGCACUACACCAUGUAAAUAGACUCUGUUUUUUUAUACUAUCUACAUGCUGGUAAGAAGAAGAAGAAGAAAAUGUAUCUAGGAAAUACAUAUUUUCUUCUAAAACUUAUUAGAUUCUGGGACAGAUAAUCAUUUUCAUCUUUACAGCAAAAAGUUCUCAUAGCUCUGUUAUAUGAUACAACUUUUUUAAGGGAAAAAUGGAAAGAUUAUUAAAUAUUGGAUAUUUAUGUCUAGUAUUAAUGAUAAAAGAAAGUGUUCAAAUUAUUAACAUUAUUGUAAAUAGGAAGGGAGAUAUAGUGAGAAGACAGUAAAUGACUUAUUUAAAAAGUUUUAUAACUGAGUAAUAGACAAUACCAAGACUAUUGUCAAAGCUCAGGAAUCACAGUAUAUUCAUCUGAAAUUUAUUACAUAAGAAAGAAAUGUGCACUGUUUAUUUAUAAUUGUUUGUUAUAACUGAUUCAUGAAAUAGUGCAGAGAUACACACAUGCCAGGUGUAGUACCUCAUACCUGUAAUACCAGGAUAUGGGAGGCCAAGGCAGGAAUACUAAGAGUUAGAAGACCAGCCUGGGCUACACAGCAAGACCCUAUCUUGAAAUAAGAAAUUCAUACUUUAUAUUUUGCCCAAAGCAUAGGAACUAACCGCCAAUAUUAGGAGAUAAGGUGUUGUCCAGAUUGGAUGCAAGCCUGGUUUGUUUAUCCACGUCUCUAACCCUAUAGAAACAGGCCCAUUGUUAGUUUAAAGUGGUGAAACAGAUUGGGUGAGUCCAAGGGAUGUUGUGCUAAAGACUGGCACUGCACCUGCUCUUGCUGGGAGAACCUGGCUCUGUGUCCGUCAUACAGGAUGCACACCUCUGAAUGGAGCUUUCUGUACUUCCUCUGAUACAGUACAUGACAAAGGGAGCGAUCCUGCCCAGUGCCAGCAACAGAAGCUGUCAGUCUUGCCAUUUUCUGGAUGUCCUCGGUUUGUGCCACGUCAGAUCAUAAUAUAGAGAUAGUAUUAUACAAUUUUUAAUUUAGAAUCUUUUUUCCUUUUUAGAUUAUGAAAAGCAUGUUUUACAUAUGUAAGAGUCCCCUAGCACCCCUUGUAAGGUGAGGCUAUAUCACAGUAUUAUAAGCUAUGCAUGUCUGUAAACAAAGUACACACAAAUGUAGGAAGACUUUUCAGUAUGCAUUUUAAGCUGUGGGAUGAACAGGGCUUCUCAGCUAUGAGAUCCUUUGAAACUAUCUACACUUAGAGCAGGAAAAUACAGCUUUGUAAUCAAAAUUCGAAUAAUUCCUUUCACAUUCUUCCUGGAACUAAACAACUUAUGGGAAGCUUAUGUGACCAAACAUACCAAAGUGCCUAUGAUGAAUGCCGAGUGUUCUUUUACACUAUCCUCCUGUCUAGCAGAUGAAAGUGUGCCUCCGUUUGUAAUGUACCAUGGGUGCAUUUGUAACAGAGUCUGUGGCUUUUCACAGCACAUCCCAGGUAGUCACAGAACCAGAGUAACCUCACUCUCUUGUCUGUUGACACCUUCCUUUGAAUCUUGUUAAUAAAUCUUUUUCUAUUAGUG